AUGGAGUUUAACAAGGGCAAGUGCCAGAUUCUGCCCCUGGGACGGGACAGCCCUGAUGGUCAAUGCAGACACAGGAACGAGUGGCUGGAGAGCAGUGGGUCGACCAGUGUCCCUGGAAGCUCCAAUGUGGCUGCUGGCAGUAAUCGCCGUCUCCAGCAGACUCAACACCAAGUAGAUGAGGUUGUGGACAUCAUGAGAGUGAACGUGGACAAGGUGCUGGAGCGUGAUCAGAAGCUGUCGGAGCUGGAUGACCGUGCUGAUGCACUGCAAGCAGGAGCUUCCCAGUUUGAGACCAGUGCAGCCAAGCUGAAAAGAAAGUACUGGUGGAAGAACUGUAAGAUGUGGGCAAUAUUGAUAGCUGUUGUUGUCAUUAUCGUCAUCCUCAUUAUUGGUAAGUUUCACCAAAAAGGGGCUUUCUUACUGAGUUGGCAUAAAUGGUGUUAA